GUUGAAAGAUAAAGUUUCAAUCGUCAUAUUAAUCGAUAGACAUUAGAGAUAAAAAGAUGUACUACCAAAUAAUGGUAUGAAAAUAAUUUCAAAACUUGUAAAUAAAUACAGGGAACCUUCAGCUAAUUUGUUGAAUAACAUAUUAAAGAAUUGUAAUAAGCUUUAGAAAGCUAAAUCGUAAUGGAUAUAAUGAUUAAAGAUCGUAGUUAAUUUCAUACUACAUUUAUGGCCUUAUCCAACACUUUUAUAUUUAAAUAAUUUCUCUAGAUAAAUUUGUUAUAUGACUCAUCUUUAUAAUCGAAACGCGUCAAAAGUAUUGUAGGAAAUACUUUAGAUUCAGUUGUUCAUGCAGUUUUGUUGGUUCAUAAUGAUGAACUUUGAACUUUUAAGAAUCUAUUAUCUGAUGCAUGUAAACUAAUAUAAAUAUAUUCGAAAAUUUAUUUAUUAAUACAAUGUAAAUUGAAG